AUGAAUGGGAGAGCGUUGCCACGUGGCCCUGUGCCACGCUCGGCAACGAUAUCAAGUACCACAACCAAACCACCGAUCCCACCAACAAUGUUCCGGUUUAUGUCGCUGAAAAAAGCCAACUUGUCGGAGAAUAUUGAUACAACACCAAAAUCGUUUCCAAUCUCGAGGCCGUCAUCUUCUUUAAGCUCAAAUUAUGUAAAGCCAUCCCUACGACCUCCAAUACCAUCACCUAUACCUCCACAAGUCACCCGACCACCUAUACCCCAGCUUAACCCUCAUCCUGUGACACGGCCACCUAUACCCCAGCCAAUACCGUCAACGCGAACACUACGUUCCUCUGCAAAUCAGUCUAAUCAUAACUCUGUAAAUACAACAACCACAAGUCAUUCACCAAUUACUCAAGCUGCUGCCACGUCGUCAUCUAUAAUCCAAACCCCGUCAACUUCCUCCACACCGGUUAAUCUCAAUCCUCCAAGUUAUUCUCCGUAUGACGAACAAGUUUCAUCGUCAACUAAUAUUCCUUCUACAUCUUGCCAGACAACACCCUCAGAACAUUUUACAACAGCUGCAGAAACAACAACAGGUCCCACUUUCUCCUCCUCCGUCGAACCUCAUAAUAAUUCAAAUGGUCCGACCGGUGGGCCAGCAGAACAAUCGGGGGAAGAGUCAGGAAAUGAGGAUGACGAUUCAAAACCGAAGGAACCUACGACAAUCGAAUUGCCUCCAAACUGCAAGGCUGGUUUUUAA